UGCAACUGAGAGGGAGAGAAUGGAAGAAAUGGGGUUCAAGCUCAAUUUCAUCUCAUCUUCUUCUAUGCGAUUCGCUUUCUUCUUCUCCCUCUCUUUCGCAGUAGCUUCCCACCCAUUAUCCUCCAUCUCUCUCUCUCCUGACUUGUAUAUUCGGAAGCCCAAUCUUCGCUUUCAUUCCUCUUUAGCGCCGUCGCCGGGACCGCCCGUCUCCAAGGCUACAGCAGCGGACUUGCUCGCGGUAUUGGGCCCAAAGCAGCAGGCCUCCGCCAUCAAUGCCCGAGAAGCUGAGGAGCUUCGGUCCUGCUUCAAAUUCCUCGUUCCUUUCGUUUCCGGACCCGAACCAUUGAAGCAUUGGAGAUCGCCAAGUUUGGAAUUAAGUCGCUCUGGUAGUAGGCAGCAGGAGAAUGAGCUUGUUUGGUGGCCACCGGAGCCUGUGAUGGAGCUGGCUCGGCUAGCAGUUGAUUCGGGUGGAGAUCCAGAUGCUAUUAGUCGGGCUCUCGAUCCUACGAUUAUCCCUGUUCCUGAUGUUGAAGGUUCCAAGAAAGAACGUUGUGAGCUAACUAGAACUCCUUACGGCAGGCAUUUCAUACAUGAGGAGAUAAAUUCAUACCUAAAAUAUUUGUUUGACAUGAUUGUGAGUCGGGGCCCUGAGGUAGGGCUUAAUGUGUCAUUGAAUCGGUAUGAUUUCUUUCAUGGUCACCUCUUUCUGGCCACAAACUCUGGAAGGCUUGGUAUUCUCUUUCACGCAAAAGAGUACCCAGCGUAUGAUGAGAAAGUAUUCCCUAUCAACAUGGGUUACUGUCAAAAAGGGUCUAAUGUGGCUUAUGAUGAUUCAAUGAAUUUACGGAACAUAUUGUGGCUGGCUCCUUUACCGAGUGAUUCAAUGGAUAAAUGGUUGGCACCAGGAGUCCUUGUAGUCUUGGACGCACACCCAGAUGGUAUCAUAUAUCGAGACCUCAUACCAGAGUAUGUAGAUUUUGUGAGGACCCUUUAUGAAGGUGACUUCGGACAGGUUGCGGCUGAUGUUAACUACUUAAAUGUGGGACUUGAAGCUCCCAACUUCCAAAUCUUUAUCUGCUGAUUUGGUCCCAGAGGCAGUCAAGUCAGCUCAACACAUUCUCCUACAAUCUGUAUAUCUAAGAGCCUGAUUGGCAAGAGUCGAAUUCGGUAAUAUUGCUGAAAUUUUAGUUGUAAUGGCCGAGUUAUCUAAAAUCUGUAAUGUAAGAAAAUUAUAUAUGAAAUUGGGGAUGAACAGUUUAAUUUCUUUUAUUUUGUCCUUUCAUCUAAAAAUUUACUUGUACAUUAUCCGUUCUACUUUGGUUAUUGUUGCACUUGGUAUUGGUA